AUGACCGAAAUCACCAUUGAAGAACCGCUUACAUCUAAUGUACGUCCUGCUACAGAUGCCUUAAUCACUAUUCGAGUAAUUAAAUCUUUCCCAUACAGAAAUGUGAAGAAUUAUAUUUACAAUGGCAUCAACUUGAAAGAAACUUCACCUCAACAGCUUUUGACAAAGAUAAAGGAAAUUAUAAAUACCACCGGUGCAUUCAGACCAUAUAGAAACGUCGAUUAUGAUACGUUAAAGGUGUACACACAUGCACAUGGUACCAAAUCCAUGCAUUUAGUAGUUAACUUUGACCAUGAUGAUGAUUGGGUGCUUGUUGGACAUGGAAUUGAAGGUACAGAGAAGACUUUAUAUGAGUUGGGAAUAGAUAAUGAGACGGAGUUGAGUUUGUUCAAAUGGGAAGACUACGAGACAUAUAAAGCAAACCCCGAAGAGAAAUGGUAA